AAAAAAGUGUCCUCCCAGAUGUGAGCUAUAAAGAAGGAAGCCAGACACGUAGAGUAGACAUAAGUGAGGUGUCAGUAGUACAUAGCCUUGAAUUUGGAACCCUGGCUAAGCGAAGGCCACAACCUCAAGCUGAUGCUCAUCUUAUCAUACACCGACUCUCUUCAAUAUUCUUUAUAUGCAUUACAAAUACCAAUUCAUUGUCUUGCUUAGCUUUGGUUAUCCAUUAUCUUGCUAAUUUCUUGUACUUUCAAAAACUAAUCAAGUAAUUCUGCUCUUUAUUUGCAAUACACAAACAAAAAGAGUAAUUAAAUUUGAAGAUCAAGAAUAUAAAGAGUGUAUAUUGUUGAAGGAAAAAGAUAUAUAAUAAUGGCAACGGUGGGAAGAAAUGUAGCAGGUCCAUUGCUAUUUCUGAACUUGAUAAUGUAUAUCAUUCUCAUUGGUUUUUCUAGUUGGUGUCUCAAUAAGUAUAUCAACUUCUCUACUCGUCACCCUGGAUUGGGAGGGAAUGGGGCAACUCCAUUCUUCUUAAUAAUAUCACUGUUAGCGGGUGUGAUUGGAGUGGUCUCAAAGUUGGCUGGAGCAAAUCAUAUAAGAGCAUGGAGAAGUGACAGUUUAGCUGCUGCUGGUUCUUCUUCUCUUGUUGCCUGGGCCCUCACCGCUCUUGCCAUGGGGUUAGCAUGCAAGGAGAUCAACAUAGGAGGAUGGAGAGGAUGGAGGCUGAGAGUUGUAGAAGCAUUCGUAAUAAUCCUGACGUUCUUUGAGCUGUUUUAUGUCCUUGCUUUACAUGCUGGUCUCUUUAGCAGUAGAUAUGGCCCUGGUUAUCGAGAGCACGAGUAUGGCAUGCCAGUUUCUGGCACCACUGCUGAUCCCAAGGGAACUACUACUAGGGUUUAAUUUUAUUAUCUACUUUAAUCAAAUAAAUUAGUAAAUUAUGUUUUAUUAGGCAAAAAAAAUUAUCAUUUUCUUGUAUCUGCCAAAGAUAAAGAUAAGGAUAAGGAUAAGGAUAAGGAUAAAGAUAAGGAUGAUAUGUGUAAGGAAUAUUUGGUGUGUUUAAGAUCUUCUACUUAAUUACUUUGUAUUUCUUGAAAGACAUGUUCAUGUUUAGUUUUUAUUGGUGAAUUACUGAAUUUACAUCGCUUUU